AUGUCUAUCUACCGCGGCAAGAUGAACUGGUAUCAAUACGCUGUCAACGAAGCUUUCACCGUGAUACUUCCUUGCGGCGAACGUCUCAAUGACCCAAUCAAUCUCUGUUGGCAAUGGACUAAAGAUAGCAGAGGAAAUCUCAAAGUCAAUAUCCUAUCCGAAACUACUAUUACCAGCGUCACUCAAACUGGCGUCCCAGGGGAAGUUAAGUUCUCCUGCGUAUGCAACAAUUACUACACGUUCGAAAUCACUUCUAAGCAAUACGGUGCCCAGCUCUCCAUCUUCAUGCGAAAUACUAAGGGAGAUACUUCAUCAGAGAUGGUUCUUCAGAAGUUUUAUCCUUCUCAACCUCGAACUUACCUCGGUAAACUGAAUUGGUAUGGUUACGCCGCGAACGAGCUUUUUAUCGUCGUCCUCCCAGCUAGGCUAGGUGAAGACUUGCCAGUGACCGCGCAUUGGCAAUGGACAAAGAAUAACAAAGGGGAACUAAAGGUGAAUCACGAUGUGAAUGACAAGCAAAGGCAUGAAGACAAGAAUAACAAGGACCCCAACACGUUCUAUUUCGGGGACGGGUACUAUGCCUUCAAUUGCACAGCCGACGACAAAAACAAAAUACUCACUGCUACGAUGAAGAACCCAUCUGGCGAUUCAGCUGGGCCUAUAACGCUCCAACUACAGAGUAACCUUGGAUAUAUGCAAUGA